AUGGGGGAUAGUAGUGACGUUAGUAACGCAAAUGCGAAUAUUCUGGCGUCUUCGAGAAAGGUUGUUGAGAGUUUGAAGGAGAUCGUGAAUUGUUCUGAGUUAGAGAUCUAUGUGAUGUUUGUGGAGUGCGAUAUGGAUCCUGAUGAAACUGUUAAUCGUCUCCUUUUUCAAGAACACGGAGAAACCAGGGAAGAUGGUGGUGUUAAAGCUAAGAGUAUUAAAUGA